UCUGCCGCGCCAUUCCAUUCGCCGAGCCGACCUCCUCACAACCUCUCACCUGUCGCCCUCCAACCGACAGGAUCAGGAUUGGCCAGCCAAGAAAAGCUGUUGAUGCACACCACCACGUCCCUGAUCGAACACCCUCGCCCAGUCCCUUGUCACUCCGUCCCACACCCCCCCGACGUUCCCCUACGCCCAGGGCCCGAAUCCCCAUUCAUCCCUAGCGUGCAAAGGGACCUUCACCAGGUAUCCUUGACUGCCCCCCAACUUGGCCAUCCCGGCCCAGCCUAUCCCAUCGCCCAUCUCAUCCUAAAAGCCACUAGGAGAGCGGCGGUAUGCUCACUAGAGACCUGCCUCUAUCUGCGUCUACUCGGCGGUGCAGCUUAUUACUUCCACCCACUCCUCCGCAGUAUCGAGGCCAGGCUCCAUUCCGUGUUCCCCUUCCACCACAUUCGACAUCUUCCCGCAUAUUCUUCUCGCCAUCUCACCGGUCCAGAAGUCUACAGGAGUUGGAAGAGUUUCUCGUUCGUCUUCUUCGUGGUCGAGACGGUUAUGCUCCCGCCUCCAUCAUCGCUCCGACUACCGCCCGGAUCCGGCCUGCUUCAUGUCGCACCGUUCGUCCCUUCACAAUCGCAAAGUUCAUGCAUCAGACGCAACAAACGCUACAAUACCUUCGCCAACCUCCCUAACAAUAUUGUGCUAUUCUUCGACCAAACAAUAAAUUGCGCUGCUUCGGCCCCGAAUUAG